GGCCCGGCCCCAGCCAGAGCCUCCAUCCUCCAGCCUCCGGGCCUUCCGGUGCCGCCACUCAGCCCCGGCCCCUGCCCAGCUCGGGGGGCCGCGCCGCCUCGCUCUCGGUGGAGCUGGUAACGUAGCCGGGCCGCCGGCCGCCUCCUCCCGCAGAGCGUGGCCUCGCAGCCCGGACAGGGGCCUACGCCCUCGCCCGCCCUCGCCGCGCCGCCGGGGCCCCUCCUCACGCGGCCUGGCCGCCGGGGCGUUCGGGCAGGGGCGGCCCCGACCGGCCCCGGGACCCGCGGCCGCCCGGCGCCGCCGUCAGCCCCGCCCCCCACUUGCGGGCUUUGGCCCGGGCUUUGUUCCGGUGGGCAUCUGAUGCCUUCAGGUUCGCGUCUGCCUACCCGCGUUAGCUUUGUUUCGCUUUUUCCUUGUGACUUCAGUGCUGACGUUUCCUUAUCCCCAGCCCGUGGAAAUGUUCACGUGGUAUAUUGCACUUGCCACCACUUGGUGGAAGUAGAGAGACAGAGUUCCUCCUUUUCUCAUCCUGAAGGCGCUUCUUUGGAAUAUUCAGUCUGGAAGACCCUCACCCUGGAUCCGGCUGCUGCUUUCUCAUGACCUGACUGUGGCCAUGUUCCUCGGAGGAAGAGCCCUGAAAUGACCCUGUGUCCUCCUCAGGCAGGGGGAGGCACGUGCGGUCUACCUGUCCCAUCAUGGGGGAUGUGAACCUUGAUGACCUGGUCAGGGUGGUAUCUGCCAGUUUUCUCUACAAGGUUUUUUGAAAUAUAUUCUUUCCUUAAAGAGAGACCAAAACAUGUCAAAAAAUAGUGCCCUGGAAACCUCAUAAAGACUACAGUGUGAAGAACCCUCCGCUCAGAACAUAUAGUUGAUCUUCAUACAUCUUAGGAACAUUUGAUAAAGGACAGCAGGUUGUUUACUAUGUCUCUGGCUGGCCCAGCAGAAACAGACAUAGACGGGCAUCUCCCCGGUGCGGCAUUGGGACCCAGUAGGAGGGCCGCUGAGUGCGGGGGCUGCCUGGGCACAGGUGACUGUCCCCGCGGCAGUCCCGGGCACACCUCCGAUAGGAGUGUUGACUACAGCAGAUCCCAGUGUUCCUGCAGAAGUUUAAGUUCUCGCUGUGAUUACUCAGAAGACUUUCUCUCUGAACGUUCAGAAACCGCUCUUAAUAGAAAUUAUUUAGAGAAGCCAGUGAUAAAAAAAAAAAAGGACGGGAAGAAAAAGUACGUUUCUAAAAUCUCCCAGUCUAAAGUUAACAGGUGGCCUCGUUACAGAUACUUGGAUCUCACUGGCUUCUUGCCUCUCAUCUCAGCAGAAGAACCAAGGUUUGAAUUGCCAAUGAAAUGUAAAAACCUGUUUCAAUACCCCAAGAAGAUGGGCUUCAAGUCCGGCCAGAAGGAAAUCUCAGUUGAAAAAAAGCACAACGGGAAUGCACCACUUUUAAAUUCCCAAAACAGUAUGAUUACCCAAAGAAGAGACGCUAUGACUCAUCGCAUACUCUCAGCAAGGCUUCAUAAGAUUAAAGAGUUAAAAAAUGAACUAGGGGAUAUCCAUCGUAAAUUGGAAGCCACGGUCAUAGAAAAUCAAUUUUUGAAACAGCUUCAGCUUAGGCACUUGAAAGCUAUAGGGAAAUAUGAGAAUUCACAAAAUAAUCUACCUCAAAUUAUGGCAAAACAUCAGAACGAAGUCAAAAAUUUGAGGCAGCUACUUAGGAAAUCCCAGGAAAAGGAAAGAAGUGCAUCUAGGAAACUUCGAGAAGCUGACAGUGAGCUGCUGAAAACUAAAGAUGCCUUGCAGGCACUGCAGAAACUUUCUGAAGACAAAAACCUUGCAGAGAGGGAGGAACUUACUCAAAGAUUGUCUGUUCUUACAACAAAAAUGGAGGCAAAUGACAAAAAAAUACAGAGCUUGGAAAAACAACUGAGGUUGAACAAUAGAGCCUUUAAUCGGCAGCUGGCCAUUGAGACCCGGAAGACCUUAGCAGCUCAAGCAGCUACAAAGACUCUGCAAAUGGAAAUAAAACGCCUUCAGCAAAAAGUUAAGGAGAAGGAUCGAGAGCUUGAAAUUAGAAACAUCUAUACUAGUCGGAUACUUAAAAAUUUACAUGACAAAGAAGAUUAUCCAAAAGUUUCAACAAAAUCUGUACAAGCAGACAGAAGUUUUUCAUUGACAAGUAUGAAACACCAGGAAACCCAAAAAUCGGAAGAUGCUCCAUCUUUGACAGCUAAGGGUAAAAAGACAACUGGAAACACUGGUCAUAAAGGAAAAUCAACUGAAAUAACCUGUGCAAUUCCUCACUAUAUCAGCAAACUUCCAAACCAAGAGGAUUCCAAGAGAAAAUAUGAAGAUUUAUCGAAGGAAGAGGAACAUUUGGAAGUACAACCACCUCUGGCGAAUAUUGGAAGACAGAGAGAAACAAAAGAAGAUCCAGAAAAGAAAACCACUUUGGUGAAAGAAGAAGAACUACCACCAAAAAGAAUUCAAGUAACUCAUCCUGAAAGGGAAGGCAAGCAGGAAGACAACGCAGGGAAAGAAAAAUUCAAAACAAGUCUCCAAGUAAGUGACACGGACGAGAUGCCUGAUAAAAAUGGUGCUGCGAAUAUCAAGAUACCCUUCAGACAGAGAAAGCAUUACUCGUUCACAGAAGCGACUGAGAACCUGCACCACGGGCUUCCUGCCUUGGGUGGCCCGGUCGGGGCAGGUGUGAUGAGAGGCGGCGUGGGCACCAGCAAGCCCCGCGGUAACGCGGCCGGACUGAAGCCAGAACAUUCUGUGAGUGGGUAUGAACCCUCUUUUGGCAAGUCUUCCCAAACAAAAGCAAAAGAUACUUUCAGAGAUAAGAAAAGCAGUCUAAUGGAAGAACUCUUUGGGUCGGGCUAUGUCUUUAAACACGACCAGACCAGCACGGCUGCUCCUAAACAGGCUGACGAGACUCUGGAAAGUAAGAAGAUGCACCAUCUACCUCCUAGUCAGGCCUCCGCCAGCAACGCUUUUGGAGAUUCUAAAGUAACUGUGGUAAAUUCUAUUCAGUCAUCUUCACCUACAGAAGGAAAAAGAAAAGUAAUUAUUUAAAUAUAAUCAAUAGCCUCAUACAUUCUGACAUGAUAUUCUCGUUCUUAUGUGCCUUUAAUCUUAUAAUGUUAGUGUCGUGUGUCUGUGUGUUUCAGUACUUAAACUGACUUUGGAUAAUUAAGGUUUUGAUAACCUAAUUUUGAAAAUCCAUUGGGUAUUAGCCAAUGACAUUUCAAAUAUAAAAUUGUAUCUUUUCUUCCUACAACUGAAAACAUGUCCAUUAUCUUUCGGACG